AUGGGUGUCUUCCCACCUAUUCGCGGCCUCUCCGCGAAGCUCAUCUCCUUCCUCCUCCUGAUGCUGGUCAGCAACCCCAGACUGACGUCCGCAGCCGUCGCCGCCGAUGAGCCUUCCGACGCCUGGCCGAUCCUCGACAACGGCCUCCAAGACACAGUCCAAUGGGACCACCACAGCAUCCUGAUCCAUGGCGAGCGCAUGUUCCUCUUCGGCGGCGAGAUGCACCCCUUCCGCCUGCCGAUCCCAGAACUCUGGGAGGACGUGUUGCAGAAGAUCAAGGCCACGGGCUUGCGCAUGGUCUCGAUCUACACGCACUGGGGCUUCCAUGCCCCGACCCCGGAUACUGUCGAUUUUACCUCGGGCUCGCACAACCUGACGCGGUUUCUGGAGAUGGCGAAGGAUGUGGGGUUGUAUGUGCUUGUUCGGCCGGGGCCGUAUAUCAAUGCGGAGUUGAGUGCGGGCGGGAUGGCGUUGUGGGCGACGACGGGAGCGCAUGGGGAGUUGCGGGUGGAUGAUGAGGAGUUUGCGAAGGCGUGGACGCCGUAUCAGGAUGGGUUUGCGCAGUUGACGGAGCCGUUUCAGGUUACGGAGGAGGGGACGGUGGUGAUGUAUCAGAUUGAGAAUGAGUAUGCUGGGCAGUGGACGAACGCGGCGGAGAAGACGCCGAAUGAAGAAGGGAUUGGGUACAUGGAGGCGCUGGAGAAGAAUGCGCGGGAUAAUGGGAUUGUGGUCCCCUUGGUGCAUAACAUGCCGAAUAUGAAUGGCCGGUCGUGGUCGAAGGAUUAUGACACGGUUGGUGCGGGGGGGAACGUUGAUAUCUACGGCCUCGAUAGUUACCCGCAAUGUUGGUCUUGUGUCCAGGAAGAAUGUGGCAGCACGCCAACCCCCUUCGGCGUGCUCGACUACUACGACCAUUUCCAGCUUGUGUCUCCCAACCAACCAUCUUUCAUGCCCGAGUUCCAGGGCGGCGCGCUGAACCCGUGGAACGGCCCGUCCGGUGGCUGCCGAGAGCGCACUGGGGUAGACUUUGUCAAUUUCUACUACCGCGACACCAUCUCCCAGCAUGUCACGAUGCUCAAUUUGUACAUGAUUUACGGUGGGACGAACUGGGGGUGGUUGGCCGCUCCGUUCCUCGGGAGCAGCUAUGACUACAGCGCGGCGAUCUCGGAAGAUCGGAGUGUUGGUGAUAAGUACUACGAGUUGAAGAAUUUGGGGUUGUUUACGAGGGUUGCGGACGAACUGGCGUACACGGAGAGAAUCGGGAAUGGAACGGAUUAUACGAAUAACACGAACCUACACACCGCCGAACUUCGAAACCCAGAGACGGGGGCUGGAUUCUAUGUUAUUCGCCACGACGACACGGCCUCAGAUGCGGAGGAGUGGUAUGCAUGGCAAGUCAACUGCAGCCUCGGGCAAUUUUUCGUGCCCAAGAUUUCGAGCGCCUUUGUGCUGAGCGGGAACGAAGCUAAGAUUAUGGUGGCUGACUUCCACUUUGGGGAGCACACGUUGUCCUAUUCGUCCGUGGAAGUUCUGACGUACUCGGUCAUUGACGAGAAGCCGGUCUUGGUGCUGUGGGCUCCAGUUGGUCGGUCCGGGGAGUUCCAUUUGCGCGGAGCAACGAACGGGACCAUUGUCUCUGGGCAGGCUGUCACCCUGGUCUCAGAUGAGGAGGGGAUGAUUGUGGGUUAUAUCCAAAAGGAGGGCUUGACGGUGGUGGAAUUUGAUAAUGGUGUGAGAGUGGUGCUUGUGGAUCGGGCGACGGCUUACAAGGUGUGGUCUCCUGCGCUGACCAACGACCCCAAGGUUCCCGUCAACCAGACUGCUCUCGUCAUCGGGCCCCGUCUCGUGCGAUCUGCCACUCUUACUUCAGAAGAUAGCACGAUCUCCUUGUUCGGCGACAACAAUGCCACAACCCCGACAGCCCUCGAAGUCUUCACAUCCUCCUCCAUCACCACCAUCCGCUGGAACGGCGUCGACUUGCCCACAACCCAAUCCAAGUACUCUUCCCUCUUAGCCACCAUCAACCCCGACUCCUCAACCUCCUCGCCUACCUUCCAACCCCCAAAAAUCACCAACUGGAAAUCCCAAGACUCUCUCCCCGAAAUCUCCCCUUCCUACUCCGACUCUGGCCCGGCCUGGGUCCUAGCCAACGACAGUACCACCACCAACCCGGACGCCAGCGUCAAAGAUGCCACCAAGCCGUAUCUUUUCGCAGACCAGUACGGGUUUCACACUGGUAUCCGGCUGUGGCGCGGCCGGUUUUUGGUAGCUACUAAUGACUCCGGUGCCGCGCCGACGGGCGUGUACCUCGCUGUCCAGGGCGGUACGGCGCAUGGCUGGUCAGCGUAUCUUAAUGGGGGGUUUUUGGGGUCUUGGUUAGGUAGUGCGGAUGCAGCGGUGGGGAAUCUGACGUUGGAGUUUGGCGAUGGUGUUCUUCAGGACGGGGAGAAUGUGUUGUUGGUAAUUCACGACGAUACGGGCCAUGACCAAGGGGAUGGUGCGGUCACGCCGAGGGGUAUCUUGAAUGCUACACUACUCAGUGAAGGCGAAGAUGGUGAGUUUGCGUUUACGGAGUGGCGGGUUGCGGGCACGGCUGGAGCUGGAGGUGGGAAGAAGGCUGGGCUUGAUGCCGUUCGGACACAUUACAAUGAGGGUGGGCUGACAGGGGAGAGAUUGGGCUGGCAUCUUCCCGGGUUUGAUGAUGGGAAAUGGGAGGAAGGAGACGGGCCCAGCGCUGGGUUUGGCGCUCCUGGCGUACGGUUCUACCGUGGAGCCCUGCCGUUGGAUGUGCCCAAGGAAUUGGAUGUGUCAUUAGCGUUCCGGUUUAAGCCGGCUGCUGAGGGGAAACUGGGAUAUCGAGUGCUGUUGUUUGUGAACGGGUGGCAAUACGGGCGGUAUUAUCCUUCCAUUGCAUCGGAGGAUACCUUUCCCGUGCCUAUUGGUGUGUUGGAUUAUGCUGGGGACAAUAUCGUGGCGCUGGCGGUGUGGGCUUUGCAGGAGGAUGGAGCAAGUGUAGAUGUGGAAGUUGUCACGAGGUAUGCUGUGGAGUCGUCGUUGGAUGUGCGGUUUGAUGGGAGUUAUUUGCGGCCUGGCUGGGACUCUAAGAGGUUGGACUAUGUGUAA